AUGAGUAAGAAAGACUCCAAGGAUUCUCAUGCCAGGGUGUGCCUUAGUCGACUUACUAGAAUUUUGGAGAUCACCAUGCUUGAAGAAUUACAACAACUUGAACACACGGGGGAUGUCGCGAGAAAUCUGGAGAUCGAAAGUAAUUCGGAACCUGCACAGAAAAGUUUUUUCUACAAAUCAUCGGAAAAGAUAAACAAGAUCAUCAGCAGAAGAGGGAGUCAUAAAAUAUUUGGCCAUUCACUUACAGAGGAAGCUGUUCUCAGAAUCUCAACUCUUAUAAAUUACUUAAAGUCAUAUGUGGACAAGGAGGGGUUGUUUAGAGUUUCUGGCAACAAGAAAAGACAAGAGGAACUAAAAGAAAUACUUGACAAAGAAGACCCAGUUAACUUUGAAAAUGGAAGAUUCACUCCACAUGAUGUAGCAUCUGUUCUUAAAAUCUUCCUCGGAGAUCUCCCAGAACCUCUUCUGACAAAUGCUCCUUUGGAUGCUUACUUACAAAUCACAGAGAUCCGUAAUGAUGAAUCCAGUGCUAAGAUGAUUGAAGCAUUCCAGCUUCUCUUCUUGUUGGUGCCGCCUCCAAAUAGAAUGCUGUUACAGCAGUUAUUGGAACUCCUUAAUCUUACCUCUAAGAAUCCUUACAAUAAAAUGACAGCCCACAACCUUGCUGUGGUUUUUUCACCCAACAUUAUGGGCUUCAAAGAGAUUCCCAAAGGUCUGUUGGAGGAGAUUGAAGCAGCAGAGGAGUGUUUUAAAAAGGGAAGCGAGGAACUGCCAGUUACUCGCACAUUUUGUCAGCAAAUGGACCGAUCAUCUCAUAAACAAGCUGUCCAACAAACUACAACAGAUGCUUUGGUGCAACUCUACAAUCAUGUCAUUGACCUUCCUGAUGGACCUGUUAGGCAGAAGUUCUUACAAAGGUUUGAGAAGAUGCAUCCCGGCACUCCUCCGUUUAUCCCGCGCUCAAAGAAGGCCAGUUGUGUGAAAAAUCUCGCUUCUUCAACUCCGGUAAACUCAGCUGAGUCUCCGGCAGUAAAGUUAACAAGAACUCCGCUGUCACCCAUCCCAGGGAGGAACACGCCUGUAACAAGUACACCAACACUGAAGAGACGAGUGGCUUUUGAUGUGGUAGAUUCUCCAGAUUGCUUCACGCCUAAAAUGCCGGUAUUCAGAGGUACACCCUUCCUCUCCAGACUAGGUUUUAAAACACCUUCAGGUGUGAUCCAUGCCGGUGACUCCCCUGCAAUCAAACACAAGCGAACUAAGUCUACGUCUCAUCCAAAAGAUUUUGUUUCCCCAAGAAAGCAUGAAAGGCGUCGUUCAGCUCAUACUCCUGGCAACAGGAGACUACCAAGUACCACUGACACACCAUUCACACCCUCAGGAUUCAUGAGGAGUGUUGAGCAGAUGGAUGAUGGCUGCGAAGCCAAAUCUCUGGUGUUCACUCCCUCAGUGAAAACUCGACGCGCCACCCCACCUCAUUUGAGACAAAACCUUUCAUCAGUUGACCACACGAUGGAUGAGAUUUACGUCUGAUUAAACCCGUGCUGUGAUCACCAUCGAGUCAUAUUGUUCCUCGUUGGCUUCUAAACCAAAUUUCCAGCUUUUCAAGCAUCCGACUUUUCCAUGGUUAAUCCUUACCUGCUUGGACGAAAACCGUUUAAAACGCCCAAUUAUUUAUUUCUAACUAUAGUCGAUUUCAAAUGCUACAAACAUGUUUCACUUGGACAGGUUUCUCACGUGUCUGCAAUGUCGUGGUCAUUUUUCUAAGCCUGGAGUAUCAGCCGAUUUGGGCGUGGGUCAUCGAAAGUCUUGUAAAAUGGUUCAAAGUGAUCGUCCAGAGAAAAGCAAAACAAGAAAUUUUCUGACUGAAUGGUUGUUUCCACUUAAGUUGAAACCCACUUCCAGAUCAUUGCUCAUGAAAUACAUAAGCUAAGAAAUUCCACGAAAAAGAUUGUGGGAAGUCAUGAACGUUUUAAAGCUUGAAUGAGUAGAUACGACUCUUGUUUGAAUGUUCGCAUCUUUGUAUACAUUUUACUCCUAGGCGACAUCGCAUAUGACUCGAGAUGCUGUAAGAGGUAGUUGAGCUACUGAAGUUUAAAGAAAAGAAAAAAAAAGGCUUUUGUAAAUAUUCGUAAAUAGAACCAAGAUGUAGAGUUUAGUUCUGCUUGAGAUAAUUUAUAUCUUCUGGUUAAAAAAACAAAACUUUUUUGUGAA